GACAGCUCCUUCUACGUCUGCGGGGAAGCAGCAUAAGAGGAGAGAGCGCGGCGGCAGCGGGGGAGUCUGGGGGAACUUCGGUGGCAGCUACAGGCAAGCGGCGCUCUCGAGGUUGCCAAGCGGGGCGCGGAGCUGGUCGUCCACCCACUUGCAAAUCGAUACAAGCUGACUCUGCCGCGGCCACCUCAUUGACUCCUUGUGAACCUAUAUAAAGCGUGGCCAUGGAAUAGGUGAAGGAGACUAGACGGCGUGCGCGCCAGGGAGAAGAGGAAAAGCCAAGAGUAGCGGCGAAAGGCACUCCGCUGCGGGCAGCUCCUCUGCUCAGGAAGAAGAUAUCCGGGCCAUCUAAGGGACUGAGGCCAUCGGAGACAGGGAGUAAGUGGGGACCGUUUUCUCUUUUCCUGGGUUAUCCCCACAAGUACAAUGUACAAACUUCUAAGGUCUUCAGUGCUGAUCGGGCUGGUGGUGUUGAUGCUUUCAGCAGGGCAUUGUAAAGAGAAAUCAGAAUCUAAUGCGGGGCUGAAGGAAAGGCAAAACCUCCUAAAUCUGAUAAUGGAGAUCAUUCAAGAACUGAAAAAAUACCAUCUAGAAGAGGAUGAGGAAAAUGGAGUGCAGUACAAACAAGACUACCCACAUCUUGACCAAAGGGAAGUGCCUGACUAUGGAGCUUACUCAGAAGAACAGAAAGUUGAAAUAUUUCCUAGAGACCUGAGAAUGAAAGACAAAUUUUUAAACCAUUUGACAGGUCACCUUUACUUUGGUCCAAAAUGCACUAAACACUUUCAUAGACUUUAUCACCAUACAAGAGAUUGUACCAUACCUGCAUACUAUAAAAGAUGUGCCAGGCUCCUUACUCGGUUGGCAGUAAGUCCAAUGUGCAUGGAAGGAUAAGAUGCUACUAUUAUGAAAGGAAAAAAACAUAUAAAAGAACCAAGAGAAGUGCCUUGGAAACUAACAGGGAAAUUGAAUUUAACAUUUUUGUAAUAUAUGGCAUUAUGAACCAGAGAUUUAUUUUUGCAAAUUGAUGGACUACUUCUCAUAAAUCUUUAAACAUGUGUUUUGUAUCCUGUCAUCACUGUUUACAGACACAUUCUUUAUAGUGAAAAACUACCAAAAGUAACUUAACAUAUUUUAUGCUUUAAAGUUGCCCUACAACAAUUGUGUUGUACUGCCAAAAAAGUAACAAGCACCAUGUUUUCAAGUACAGACAUUUUUCCCUUAAGAGACUUUAUAGCACCCUGUCAAGGAAACCUGCCUGUGGAGGAAGCAUCAUUUGAUAUCUUUCUUGCUUAUGCAAUUUAAAAUGUUACAUUACAAACUUUUCAUAAAGUUGUUAUGCUGGUGGACUACUAGACUGCAUGCCAUAGGCAAGGGAUGAACAUGUUUUAAGUUGGAUUCUGUAUCCACUCUAAAGUCACUUGUUUCCUGUAUAAUAGAAAUAUACAUUCCAGCUAAAUGUGCAAUAUGUAAAUAUUGUAAAUUCACAAAUAUAUGUAAUAAAAUGUUUUGUAUAUAAUUUGGUUCUUCAUGUUUAUUCCUUGCAUAUUCAAGUUUGGAAGAAAUUAUGCUUCUUAAGCAGAGGUAGGCAACUUGAUGCCUUCACGGUAUGAUGGACCACUAUUCCCACAAUACUUGACCAGUAUAUAUUCUGGAUGGAUUUCACAGGUUGCAACUCAAGUCUAAAGGGCACUAACUGACCUCAAUACUUCUAAUGUAGGGUUGGCCAUGAGCACUAUGCAAUUAAAUACAAAAUAGUUCUAAUUAAAAUUAAUUUUAAAGUAACAUGGCACUGCAAAGUGAUGGUAGUCAGCUGCCCCAGGUGUAUCUGAGGGCAUGUUUCAAACACUAAACUUGCCAAACAGCUCUUUCAGAGUGAUACCCGAUUGCCUACUCAAUAAUGGUAUCAUGCUUCCCAACCUACCAGUUACUAUGAUGUUAACUCUAAAUCUGCUUCACCUACUUUCACUGCAAAAUAGGUAAUACCACUUUCAAGCUAGGUAAAAUCUUAGAAUUGGAAGACAGCAUUUUGGUCACUGAUUUGAAACUCUUACUCAGUUCAGAUAUCCAAGGUAAAGUAUCCUUAACUGAUGGCUCCUCAGCCUUUGCUUGAAUACAUACAGGGAAGGAGAACCUAUUAUCUGCCUAGGCAAUUGGUUCCAUUUUCAAACUUUUCUUACUGAAAGAUAAGAAACCCACUUCUCUAUAACUUAAGAUAAUUAUUCUGUACCCUGCACAAUGGGAAAACAGGCAUUUUCUGUUUGUCUGAAACAUUACUAAAAUGUGAUGUUCAGAAUUG